AUGCAACUCACGGACAAGACCUUGGCUGUUGGGGACCGCAGGGCUCUUGAAUACUUCCAAUUCACCCUUUGGCCUCUUUUCACCACUGCCGUUCAUCCAUGUCCACCACCUAUAUCACUUGCCAUGGAAUGUCAACCAGUAAUGCUGGUUGUGUGUGAGCUAGCCGAGGCGCAUCGCACGCUGCGAGAUGAGGCUGGGAGCAGCACAGUUUGCACUCAGUUUGAUAAACGAACGAGUUGCUUGGCCUCAGUCCGGGAGCAGCUUCGGAAAACCUCCAAUCAAUCGUCCUUAUCUCCUCUAUUGGUCGCAGUCUUCUUACUAUAUUUCCUGGACGGGUAUAUCGAAUGUGGUCACCAAUCUGCAGCAACAGCAAGUCACCACGUGGGCGUUCAGGCGAUUGUCGAACAUCUAGGGGGAUUCACUGCUCUAAUCGAGAUGGGCAAAAAAGACAUCACCAUGUUACUAUCAGAGUUCGCAUCUACAGACUUGACAAAGGCUCUGCUGGAUGACCGGUCUCCCUGCUUCCCCGCUGAAAUCUGGACACGGAUCGAGCACGGCACAGUCUGGUGGGAUCAAGAAACAUAUAACGGCACAACGCUGGCAUCGGUGUUCAGGAUUCUGGCAGAGAUGGCUGUUUAUCGCCAGCGAAUAAAGAUCGGAGAAUUCCCACUUUCAAUGGAAGUGGUACAGGCCUUUGAGCGGUCUUUGCAGCCAUCUUUCCUCGUUCUCAACCUCGACCACCUCAACAACCCCGCCACCUAUACCGGACACGAAUCAACGCUCGAGCCAAAGAUGCAAGCAGAUUCCUUCACGCGCGCUUUCCAACACAGUGCCCUCAUCUAUCUAUACCGAGCAAUCUGUGGUCUUCCACCGAGACACUCCCUGGUCCAACAACACGUUCAGUCAUGCGCGGAGUGUAUCAAAGGCAUCUCACCUCGCUCGAAGGCCCACAACUGUAUAAUAUUUCCCUUGUACGUCAUGGGCGCCCACACAUUCAUGCAAGACCAACAGGAAUUUGUCCUGGAGAGGUUCGAUGCUAUCUAUCGAUAUUUGCGCUUCAAUUCUGUGCUCUUGGUUCGUUCAGCGCUAGAGGAUCUGUGGAGGUCGCCUCGGCAUGAUGGGAGUUGGUGGGAUAUGUUCAGUACUUUAGGCGAACAUGUGCUGGUGAUUUAA